ACCGCCUCGGCUCGCGCGCUCCCGUGACUCCGUCCGCGGGCGUGGGCUGGGGCGCCCCGAAAACGCCCGGUUGCUUUUCUCAUCCGUGCAGUGGGUAUGAUUUCCCCCAUACCCAUUUGAAGUGGGUAGUCUGAAAUCAAACUAUUUUAGUUACGAAACUCUGAGUUUGGUCGUGCAGGAGACCUUAGCCUGCCUUGGUGACAGCCCCGGGCCUGGCUUUCAGUUGCCAGGGAUGGAAAAAAAAUGUCAACGUGUUGCAGCCGGCCUCCCGAACUCCACUUCUCAUUCAGCUUCUCUCACUUGCCGCUGCUGCACUUUUGAUUUUCACAUUUAGGAGAAAGUCCAGUCAUUCUACUUUGCAAAUGGUACCUGAAGGUACCAGAUGAAUACAGUCCUCCCCAGAGCAGGUUUUGAUACCCAUCAUGGCCAUCACUCAGUUUCGGUUAUUUAAAGUUUGUACCUGCCUAGCAGCAGUAUUCUCAUUUCUAAAGAGAUUAAUAUGCAGAUCUGGCAGAGGAAGGAAAUUAAGUGGAGACCAAAUUACAUUGCCAACUACUGUUGAUUAUUCAUCAGUUCCUAAGCAGACAGAUGUGGAAGAGUGGACCUCUUGGGAUGAAGAUGCUCCCACAAGCGUAAAGAUUGAAGGCGGGGAUGGGAGUGCGGCCACACAGCAGAAUGCCUUGGAGCAGCUGGAACCUGACUACUUUAAGGACAUGACACCUACUAUAAGAAAGACUCAGAAAAUUGUUAUUAAGAAGAGAGAACCUUUAAAUUUUGGCAACCCAGAUGGUAGCACAGGUUUCUCCAGUAGAUUAGCAGCCACACAAGAUAUGCCUUUUAUUCAUCAAUCUUCUGAAUUAGGUGACUUGGAUACCUGGCAAGAAAAUACCAAUGCAUGGGAAGAAGAAGAAGAUGCAGCCUGGCAAGCAGAAGAAGUUCUGAGGCAACAGAAAAUAGCAGACAGAGAAAAGAGAGCAGCAGAACAACAAAGGAAGAAAAUGGAAAAGGAAGCACAGAGGCUAAUGAAGAAGGAACAAAACAAAAUCGGUGUGAAACUUUCAUAACAAAUGUGCUCCAAAUGUCAUAGUGCCAGUAGGAGAAAUCUGAGCUCCACAAGCCACACAACAUUUACAUGGAUUUAAGAGUAUUUUCAGGAUACAAAUACACUGCUUGAUUUAAUGCAUUCAUCAGGCCACGCAGGACACAAGGAUUCUCCCAAAGUACUUUGAACUCUUAGUGAUUGAGACUCAAAGGAAAUAGUCAGAAAAGACUAUUGAGGCAUUAUUUUUCUCAACAUGCUCCAAAUACAAGACAAUUGUUUGCUGUCGAGAAAUUAUUACAAAUGGAAUAUACUGGUACCUCUCAAGCUCGUGUUUCCAGCUAAAUAAAUGGGUAUAAUUUUAUGGUGGAAAAGAACUCUGCUGUCACACUUUCCUUCAAUGUGCAUAAUUAUAAAAUAAAUAAUUUUAAUAAUCCUUCUGUUUUCAUGUUACCUGACCUAAAUUAGACAAAUUGUAGGUAGGGCUUUCACUUCUUUAUUUUUGUUGUCAGAGCUGGUAUUGGCAUACAUUUUCUCUAAUUGAACUGACCUUGUUUGUUUGAUAUGUUAAAGAAUUUGAUUGUGGUUUUUAAGAAAAUGAAAUUAAAUGCAAUAAUAUUAUUUAUCAUACAUAUUUUUUACAUCAUUUUCUUUUGGAUGGUGUUGUACUAGUAUACAUAUUUGUAAUUUAUAUUGCAUGUAUAAACAUUGAAAUCAGCUAAAAUGACAAACUUGUUUUAUAUUAUAACAUGAGUUUUAAGAACCAGUAUGAGUAGGUUUUCCCUUUCAUUACAGAUUUUAAGGUGUUACGGUAUCGUCACGUACCUUAGAUCUUCCUCCCCAUCAAAAGCCAUUAAUUUACAAAUGCAGAAAGGCUUCAUUUCUGAUAUUUCAAAGCUUUUGAAUGAUUUCUAUAUUGGUUUUAUAUAUCUGACAUAAUGCAGGUUACCUGUGUUGUUGGCUAAGAAAACAUUAUUAAUUCAUUAAAUUAUGAAGAAAGAGAGGAAUAAUCUUUUAUUUAUAAUGUUGAAUGGCUUGCCUUAGAGAAAUAUUUCAAUACUCUCUUCAUGGCGGGGGGUGGAUAAAAAACAGAUUUGAUAGUUUAAAAGCCCGUUAAAUUUUUCUCCACAAACUAUAUCAAGCCUGAUUUUCCAUGGCUUCAGAAUUUUAAAAGAUUGCUACUUUAUUAAGAGUUACUGUGCAGAAUUAACAUUUUGUGCAGUUUUAAAAUAUCAUAGAGACUCUAUAGACUAAACAUUGCUAAUGAGCCCAAGCCAUUGAACGAUAUCCCCAGCCUGUCCUUAUUUUUUAUUUUGAAACAGUGUCUCAUGGAGUUGCCCAGGCUGGGCUCCAACUUGUGAUCUUCUGCUUCAGUACCACUCUCUGCCACCCAGUGCUGGGAUUCCAGGCAUGCACCACCAUGCCUGGCUAAUAUAUUUAAUUAUUAAAGUGAUAUUUGGUAGUAAAUUCAUUAACUAUACAGUGAGAGGUUUCUAAGUCCUUGGGCUAAACUCGUGCACUGAAUGUGAUUGUAUGGUCUGUUAGUUGACUUAACUGUAGUGGAAAGCUUGUUAAAGCUCCAAACCACAUUUUCAUUUACCAUGUUCGUUAGAUUUCUGCCAGUAAACUCCCUACUCAAUAAAGGGACUCAAAUUUUUAGUAAUUUAUUUUCUUACCCUCUUUGUAUUUGAUAAUUUUAGUUAGUAUGGGAAUAUUACGUGAUUUCUCUUAAAUUUGGGGAUUAUAAAGGAUAGCCUCUCCAGUAUAAUUACUUUUAUUGCUUUUCCCAAUAUUUGAAAAGUAUUGGUUUGUUUUGAUCAUGAUUUUCCUGUGUGCAAGGUUUUGUUCUACUGUUUGUGUUCUGAUAAUUUAAAAAUAAAGAAUGUUUAGAAAGUA